GCAUAUGUGUUUGACCUCGUUGGCAGAUGGAGAGUCGAUGGUGGGAUCCGAGAAAUGGGUAGAGUCGAAGUUGUAGAGGCGCGCAACGAAUUGGUCGCAGUGUCCCCUUCCCACAGUGUGUGACCAGGACAGAAUCACCAUCUGCCUGGCUCGUAGUCCCCUUCGAGCAAAAGGAUCUUUGAGCUCAGAAAGCUCGAAUCCCGGCGGUGGCAGCUCCACUUCGGCUCUCGAGGCCAUCUUUGCUUCCACGUUGCACGGCCCCAGCCUGUGCCUUUGCUGUGCUUAUUUAGAAACUGCAACGCAGCAGAAAAAAUAUUCUUGAAGAUAUCUUCCGGACGCAAAUCAAGACUACGGCUUAGAAGGAGGAUGACUUGCCGUCACGAGCGAGAAGGCAGCAGGCUGCAAUAUGCUCGAAAGUACAUGUAUUAAAACCGACUUUGCAUGCGGAAAAUAAGAUCAUAGUCAUUCUUCUGAGUGGAGGGUUUCAGGUCUAAGAAAGCACUUGUGCACUGAGCAGCUGGUGAAGGUUUUCUUUGUCUAAAGCGUGCACCGCGCGUACCUCGACUGUACAGUCGCGAGCUCCUUGAGCGAGUAUCGCGGCGCAUGAUACAUUCUGAUUCUCUUGGAUUAUCGUUGAUGCUUUUGGAGUCGCCAGUGGAUGACGAUCUCUACAACGGUUCAUGUGAGGACGCCGAAUCUGCUAUUCAAAAGGCCAUUGGCAAUGAACUCGCCAACAAGCUCAAACUUGUUGCUAGUGUUAUUCGUUUCCAGUUCCAUGAUAGUUCUGAUUUUAAGCAUAAUUCUUCCGACACAGUUGCGUGCGACCCCGUAUGAAUUUAGUUGGACUUUCAGCGAGGAUUCAGAGAUGAAUCCUCUCUGACAGGUGUGACAUGUUGGACGUAUACUCUCUUGCUCACCAGAUGUAAAAUAGGUAUAGAUAUUAGGUUUAGGGUUUUAGAUGUAAAAUAGGUAUAGAUAUUAGGUUUAGGGUUUUAGACUAGUUGCUUCGAGAGUAAGUAUAUAUAUAUAUAUAUAUAUACAAUGUGUUACAAAUCAUAUAAUCAAGUUUUUAUCUUCCGC